GAUAUCACCUCUCGGUCUGACCCAAGUGGUUUCGGAUAGCAUUCUGCGCCCCAAGUGCCACGCCAUUUUCCUAGACUCGUCGCUCAACUCAAAGCGAACCGUGCUCAUCAACAUCUACCAGAAUUUCCUCUUGGCUGCCCUCAAGGUGGACUCGUAUCUCAAGCACUUGCGGCGAAGCAACAUGGGCAUGGUCGAUGGGCCUCAGUCGAGCCUCUUUCUCACGGAUGCCAUCCGCGAGGCACUCCAUUUCUACUUUGCGCUGAUGCGUAGUCGCACGCAAACCCCUGCGGCCUUGAAGGCGGGAUGUGUAUUUGAUGUUACCCAUGCGCAGGUGACGUGGUUGGGAUGGCAUGCAUUCUUUGGAGUGUUCUCGCGCAAGCAAGCCUGCAACUCUGCACUGGUCCAGGCGCUGCGCCACGAGCUCGACAACCCCGAGUUUCAGCCGAUUCAGCGGGCGCUCCACUCGAUUGUCGAUAUGCGCUGGCAUCGAUUCACGGAGAACAUUCCCAACUGACGGUGGGGCACCGAGGCGCCCUGCCCGCUCUCGCCGGACGACACCUUGACCUGUCGGCCAAUUCAUUCCUGUCUCUCAGCCGCACUUGUUGAGCCAAUAUAUGUAUAGCGUUUCUGAGAGUGUCCAUCGCACA